AUGAGGAUUGACUCUGAAAUAAUAUUUAUUAAUAAGAAAAAGCAAUAAAGAGUCUCAAAAAUUACAGAAUUUACAUCAAUAAUAAAAAAAGAAUCAGACUGUAAUAAAUAAAAGAUUAACAUCAAAACAUCUUAUUAUAAGAAUAAUUCAGAAAUCUAUUUUCAGAAAUAGACAUUCCUAUUUUAAAUUAUUGAAGAAAACAAGAAUAAUUAAUAAAGAAAAAUUAGAUGA